AUGGCUACCACUUCGUGUGCCCCCUCGGACCUGCCUCUCGAACAACUCAGCCUGUACCAUGUCUCAGACCCUUCGUUAUCGUCCGUAUUCGUGUUCUACGGGCCCGUCUCUACCGCAAAUGCAACCGUGAGCAGCUCGCGCAUCCAGGCGCAUAUACUGACGCCCGCCGGCUUUCAAAGCUACCCGCGCAUCACGAUCUCCCCCGCAGCACCACUGUAUGCGGCCGUCAACUAUUUACCCCGAGAUAAACAGGGCGAUGAAGUCUGUCGUGGUCUUGCUGUCAGUAUGCUGAAGUACUUCGCUGAGUUGUCGGAUCCAGCAAAGGAGUGCUUGCAGGCUCUCGCUCGUGCGAGGAAACCCGAAGGACAGAUCCCCAAGAUGUUCGAUGAAAUGCACGCAGCUGAUUUAGCGAAUCGCAUGGUCAAGGUGGAGAAUACUACGGAGGUAGUGCGUGAUAUCCGGGGCGCGUUUCAGGAACGUAAAGUUCCGUGGGUCGAUGUUGAUGUGGUGCUUCCCGCGGGGACUAUCCAGCCUCCCGAACCGCCAGAUCAUGACACCCAGGACCCGGACGAGCAUGCAGAUGCCGAAGAGUCUGUAGACGCUCGUUAUGGAACAUAUUCACCUCUCAUACGAGCGCUGGGAGCGCCGAUGUUUUUGCCAACAUCCAGGCUGAAGCGAGCCCCGUCGCAACCAACCAAUGUCAGUCGAUCUAAGUUUUUCUCUCAGAGUCAGAAGCAGUCUCUACGCUUGACAAUGUGUGAAGUUGUGGAUACGGAGGAAAGAUACGUGAGCAAGCUUUAUUCUCUUGUGUGCGAGGUGGCAGAGGAAUUCCGCGCAAGAGCACAGGGAAAGGGGCCCUCAAGUACCAGUCCCAACGAGUCUGAUUUGGCUACUCUGUUCCCUCCGUGCCUUAACGAGAUUUAUGAUGUCAACAUGGGUUUUUUGGAAGUCAUUCGCAGUGUCCUGGAGGAAACGGAAAGGGAUGCAAUUGCCGAUAUCACUGAAGAUACUGAGAUGUCGUCUUCGGUCUCGCAACGAACAGUGGACGAAGAACGAGACGCAAUCGGCGCUGUUGCUUUUGCCAAUGCGCUUCUUGAGUGGUUUCCCAAGUUCUCACAGCCCUACGGAGACUAUAUGCGUGCUCAUAACGCCUUCACUCAGACGUUGAACCUGUUCAUGAGGGACAAGAAUUCUAGUUUCUCCAAACGCGUGUAUGAAACCGGGGAACAGAAACUGCGCUCAUUACUCAUGGAGCCUGUCCAACGUCUUCCGCGGUACAGUCUGCUCAUUGACUCCAUGACAAGUAGUCUUCCGUUGGUUCACCCCGCCGUUCGGCCGUUACUGAAAGCACGAGAUAUCAUCAAGGACAUCUGCUCACUAGAUGAUCCAUCUUCUACAAAUCACGAUCAAGGCUUCAGACGACUGACAGAGUUAGUGGAUGGAUGGCCUUCCACAAUUCUACCCACCGGGCGUCUAAUAACUGCUGUGGACUUCAACGAACUGUCAUCACCGUACCAUCUGGACUUUGCUGAUGUUGAAGCCGACUCGGGGAUCAUGCUCCUAUAUAAAAAUUGCCUCGUGCUUCUCUCGAAAAAUCCGGAAUGUAGAAUGACCGCUCGUGGGUUAAUGGCCGAACUCGAUAACGCGUCAUCUACAGCCCCAGGCGUUGCUGGUCCACUUGCGUCUUCCGCAGAGAUUCGAGUGGUGCAAGUAUAUGACCUUCAUACGGUACGUUGUAUGCAAUCAACAUGCGGCCGGAUUCUUUUCCUUGCCCCUGCUUCAGUGACAUCGAAGCCUACUCAGAAUACCACUGUGGACCUACUGGCGCUGGAACCAGUCGCCAUGUACGGUGGUCGUGCAGGCCGCAUCGUCGAAGAGAUUAUCAAGGCAAAGAUAGAGGGAAGAUUCUCCGAAACCGAAAGAGAGAGUGGCAAAUGGUCGCUCCGAAGCCCAAGUGGUACUGUUGGCAAUCUCGGGAUUCUAGCCUGCGUGUUCGAGGACGAACAAGGCGUAGAGAUGAGCCGUCCCGCCGCGUCAAAGAUCAGGGUCGUCUUUGACACACCAAGAGCGCUGUGCAGCAAAGCGCUAAGCGACUCAGAUCUCGAAGUAGUCAUCUCGGUGUCUCUGGUAGCCGAGGGCCAAUAUCGAGUGAACGUCGACUCGAUAGUAGGUACCUCUUCCUCGGAUAUCGUGACGGUGGAUAGCUUCGUUCCGGUGCUCUCAAAACGCCUGUUAAAUGUCCUCCAACCUUUACACGAUACAAGAAAUAGGCACAUGGCAGAAUCAUUGGUUCACUCCAAUUUUGCUAUCAUCAAAUACCUCGCUGGCCAUCUUGUAGCGCAAUUCAAGACUACCCGUGGUUUCCGCCCUCCUUCACCGACAAAGCUGAUUGCAAACCUACUGGGUGGUCAUUCAAGGGAGAGUAGCACGUCAAGUUCCAAGGCACCUGGUUCAGCAACGUUACUGGGUGAAUUUCCCAAGAUGCCCCCUCCUCGCGCCGGACAUGCACGGUCCAACACACUACCGUCAUCGUUUCCCGGCAAGGAAGAGACCCCGGUCAAGGCGUCCGCGGUCGGGACGAUCCCGUCAAAAGUGUCGAAUAGUCCUUUCGCUGUGUUAGAGCAAACAUUUGCUGCCUACGUCCUUGCGCUGCACUGCCGCAGUGGGAAUAUUGUGGGCCGCACUCUUCGGACAAGGGACAAUGUGGAUCGUUCAUCGGUCAAUGAGUUAUACAAUGUGCUUUUGGAAGACCCUGCCAAGCUUCAGGCGGCGGCAGAAGUAGCGGUUGACACGCUUUUUGUGGCCUUUGAGACGUUCAUGAAAAAUGCGUGGAAGGAACACAUGGGACCAGUACUUGACCCUUCGGGCCUACAAUUACUCCAGAGUCAAUUUGAUACCAUGUAUCCCCGUGAAUUCGAGGAAUGCUUUCGGAAAUUCCUUGCGGAUAUGAGUCCUCAGAACCGCCGUGCUCUCGCUUCGCUUAUUCGCCUGCUCGCCGACCUUCUGGAUGCGUCUGGUAGUGACGGUGAUCGUGGCGCUUUGACAGCUGCGUUUGCAGAGGUCUUGACGGUUGAAGGCGAUCCAAUGCAACACAUUUCUUUGCUGGACAGAUUAGUGGAUGACUUUGACCAUCUUUUCGAUGAGUUCAUCUCAGGCGGCUCGACACUGGAAGGUAUACUGACCAGCGAGCUCACCAGAACGACCUCGCAAACGCCGGGCUCUGUCGGUUCUAAUGCAUCAUCUUUCCGUAAGCGCUUCGGCUUUGGUAUGCAUCGAGAAAACUCCGGCGAGAGCAAGGUUGCUUCGAUUCUGCGGACUCUCAGCAAGAACAAAGGGCCCAACGAAUCUGAAGCAGGGACACAAAGGGGCUCGAUGCUAGUACGCUCAAAAUCAAUAGAUGUCGACACAAGUUUGAGCUCUCUUCUGCGCCCUGGUUCUCGCGAUCGUUCUGGUGCUUCUACGUCGCAAGAAAUGCUCCGGCGGCCGGGAAGCGCGCAAGAAGACCCUCAGUCAACUAUGAAAGGGGUAUCGGGAAGUGGCGUAGUAAGAGUUCGACGAAAGCGGAGGAGCUCACUGUCCGACUUGCGGCCAGGAACGGCAUCCACAGAUGUCUCGAACGUGUCGCCAAGUCAGGCACCGCGUCCCACAACUCCUGGUUCUUCUUCCACCAACGUCCAGGGUGAGCUUGUUACUCCGUCAAAGUCUGCUCGACCCAAUACUAGCCAUGGCUCGGGAUCGACCGUCCGUAGUACAUCACCCCUGAAAGGUAGUCCACCUCCAAGACUGGGCUCGCCGAAUCGGCGGUCACCUGUCCGCCCAGUCACUCCAAGUCGGAAAGAGAAUGUCGACCCUAAAUAUACCCCAUCCGAGAGAUCUGCCAUGAACAAGAUCGAAGAAUCCGUCUCCCCCAGUUCAGAGCCAAAACGCAGGCCUGGGAUGACUAGAACACCUGCACUGAAGGAGCGGGUGGCGCAAAUUAAUGGGUCGGAGACAAAGCGCCCACUGUCGUCUUCCCUGACUAAGUCACAGAGAUUGCGGUUGCAAAGCCCCCAGAAGCUCCGCGAUCGCCUUCAAACAGAAAAGAAGACGCAAUAUGUCGAGCAAUCCGGCUUGAGGGACGAGCUCGAGCUAAUAGGUCAGGAGCUUCGAGAAUUGAGACCGUCACCAAUGCGUUUACAGACAGACACGGCUGCAAUCCAUGGCCCUCUCGAGGACGAUGGUGUCACCACUGCGGCCGUAAUGACCCGCAUGCGAAAUCUUGAGUUGGCAUUCGAAGCAUUGUCGGAGGAGCUCAACAACCGAACCUCUGCGCUGGAAAAGGACCUAGAGUCUUCUUUAGUUGUUAGCGAGAAGCGGGCCAAGAAACUCGAUGAGUUGUAUCGCCAAGCUAGCGCCGAGAAUGAAGCCCUGUAUGACCGUUUCAAUUUGGAGCUCAGCAAACUUGCGAGAGAAGUCCGAACCGGUGACGGGGAAGAUGCACUGAAAAAUCAGCUGUCUUCCGCUAUGGACGAGAUUGGGAGGUUGAAGAAAGAAAACUUCAGACUCAAGCGUGAAGUCGGCGGGCUUCGAGCCCAACAAGCUGCGGUGGCUUUGCUCCGGGCAAGCACUGACUGA